AUGUACCUUGCCGAUGUGGCCGAGGGCACACCUCGUGUGCUCAAACAAUAUAUGAAAAUAUUCGACUCGCCGUCUACUCAUCAGCCAGACCUCACAGUGAAGCUCCAGUCGGCUCCAGUUACGCCGACCAAGUAUGAGACGCAUCCAGAUAUCCAGUUCUUUCGCCUGGUAAAGACAAAACAUCACUAUGCGUACCAUAAAUCAAAACUCUCGUUGAAUUCAGCCGAGGAUAAUAUUGAAACGAUAAACUCCAGGCUUUCAGGCUUUGAACCGUUCAACCGAGACCAGCUUCUAGAGAGACUCAAAACCUUUAACGCACUUAACUGGCACAUACCGUCUGGCAAGAACACUGGUGUUCAGCUCAACGAGCUUUUAUGUGCUGUAAAUGGUUGGACGUGUCAGUCGAUAGCAAGAAAUAAUAAUGUGAAGAACCAUUUGAUGUGCUCCAAGUGUGGUAACGAACUUAUCCUACGCUUUAAUGCUGAGGAGGAACAGCCCGAGUUCGCCCCGUUUCACUUUGACCUCGAGGAUAUUCAGGCAGUCAACGUGAACCUCAAAUCCCUGUAUGCUCAGCAGGUCCAAGCCGUGGGUCAUCAGGCGUCCUGCCCAUGGACUAAAGUUCUGACUCCGAUCAACACAGUCUACUACCUAACGCCGUACCUCGCCUCCACGAAUGAAACCUUAAUUACGAUCUUCACAAAGACCUUGAAAAGUUUAUUUGAUAAUCUCAUGAUAAUCCAAGAACAUGUUGGUUUCUUAUCACUGCUUUGUCCUAGACCGUCUCUGAUCAGUAAUUUUGCCGACUUUUGCCGUGCAUCGAACUUGUGGUUGUUGAGCCGGUACUUUAACAAUGAUAAGGAAAACAUUGGUACUAUUCUUUCAAAGAGCUGCCCUGCUUGGCUUUACUGCGUUGCAGCCAUGGGUUGGGACGUCUACACACAGCAAUUCAAUGGCCAAACGGUUCUUCUCAUGAUUUGUCACAGUUGCAACCAAAGAAUAUUCUUGCAGAAAUCCUCAAGCCCGAACAAAGAUGGAGAACAGAAAAGUGAUCAUCCUAAGGUACUCACUCCAUGCGAGUAUACUGCCACCAUCCCGAACGGUACUCUGAAGUUUUCAAAUGAGUAUUUGAAUGAAGUGGCUGAUGACGAGGAAGAGGAUGAAGAUCCGUAUUUUGGACACAAAGAGUGGUGUUGUCAAGUAAGUGAUAUGGCUGGCCAAGCUUACUUUGACUACUUCGUGAACACCCUCUCGUCUCUGGAAGACUAUAUUGGUCCAAACGGAGAAUACCGCUUAGAUAAAGAUGAAUCUUUGGACAUGGAUGUCGAUAGCUCCUCCAAGUUUUCCAAAAGGCGUGCAAGCUUUGAUCUUCAGGAAGAGUUGGAAAGAUUCAGGAAAUUAAGAAAACCGUACUUCGCCGAGUAA